AUGGGGCUUUCCUUCACCAAGCUUUUUAGUCGGCUUUUCGCCAAGCAAGAAAUGCAUAUUCUUAUGGUUGAUCUUGAUGUUGCUGGUAAGACCACCAUUUUGUACAUGCUCAAGCUUGGAGAGAUUGUGACUACCAUUCCCACCAUUGGAUUUAAUGUAGAAACGGUGGAGUACAAGAAUAUUAGCUUUACUAUGUGGGAUGUUGGUGGCCAGGACAAGAUCUGGCCCUCGAGGAGGCAUUACUUCCAGAAUACUCAAGGCCUUAUAUUUGUGGUUGAUAGUAAUGACCGUGACCGUGUGGUUGAGGCAAGGGAUGAGCUUCACUGGAUGCUCAAUGAGGAUGAAAUGCAAGAAAUGUUGCUGCCGGUGGCGGAGGCGUGA